UGGAGCACUCAGCACCCUGAGCAGGGGGACCCAGGAUAGCUCCGCACAGCGACAGGAUGGGGGUGCGUCCCUCCAGCCCCCUGGACAAGCGGCAGCAGCAGCAGCUGAGGGGUCAGGUGGACGGCCUGCUAAGGGCCUUCCUGCCCUGUUACCGCAGGCAGCUGGCGGCAGCCAUGCUGAGGCAGAUCUCCAGGGAACUGGAACCCCAGGAGCCAGCCGGAUGCCAGCUUUCCCACACCAAAAAGCUGCCUAGAGUCCGGGAGCAUCAAGGACCCUUGACCCUGCUGUGGGGCCACCCGCCACAGUGGCAACCUACCUUCUGUGUCCUGCGUGGGGAUGGACGCCUGGAAUGGUUCAACCGAAAGGAGGAGUAUGAGUCUGGGGGCCGUCCCCUGGGCUCUUCAGCCCUGACAGGGUACACACUGCUCACUUCCCAGCGUGAAUACCUGUGCCUUUUGGAUGACCUCUGCCCAAGUUCCUCUGGAGACCUCGCCCAGGAGGAACCACUGAGGGUGCUGGAGGAGCCGGUGAAUUUCCCGCUCUUCCUCGUGCACCCGUUCCGGGCCCACCUCUGCUUCUGUGCGCACACGAGGGGGGCGCAGCGUGCCUGGAGGCUCGGCCUGCAGGGUGCCAUUCGGCUGAGAGCCACCGUCCUGCAGCGCAGCCGGGUGCCCGCGGCCUGCGCCUUCCUGGACACUGUGCGGCUCUAUCGACGACGUCGGGGCUUUGCCGGUGGUGACGACGCAACACUGGGCUCUGAUGCGGAGGUGCUGAGCGCUGAGCUGAUGCGGGAGCUGUUACCUGCACUGCGCGCACAGACGCUGCGGAGCCUGCGCUGUACGGGACGCGCCCGGGCCCGGGCCUGCUCGGAGUUCCUCGACGCUGUGCACGCGGCCAUCCUGGCCAGGGUAUCUGCAGGGCUGCGUGCCUUCCAGCCAGAAAAGGAUGCGCUGCUAGCGAAGCUGGAGAGGACGGUGCGAGCAGAACUCGAACAGAUCCUGCAGCAGCGAGCGCAAAGGGCUCGGAGACUAGAAGCGGAGAUCCGGGACCCCCUGGAGGCUUGCCUGUGCAGCAUGGUGGACCCGCAACUGUCCCAGAUUAUCCAUGCGCUGCUGAGCCUCGUGGAAGCCACGCUCCAAGCUGUUCGGACUCUCCUCAUCCGGGGCAUGGACCGGCUGUCUCACCACCUGCGCAAGAACCCUUCUGGCACGCGGCUGCGCAGGGAGGUUUAUGAAUUUGGGGAGAUACCUUGGGACCCAGAGCUGAUGCAAGCCUGUUAUCGGGAGGCAGAGAGGAACCGCAGCCAUCUGGCCCAGCUGGCAGAACCAUUUGGCUUCCUGGGGAUGCAGAGCCUGGUGUUUGGGGCCCAAGAUCUUGCACAACAGCUCAUGGCAGCUGCAGUCACCACCUUCCUGCAGCUGGCCGACAAGUGUCUGACAUCAACUCUGGACUGUGACCAAGCAGCUGAGCAGUUGGAGAAAGUCAGGGGCCUUGUGCUGAAGAAGCUCACCUCGGACAGUGAGACCAGUCGGUGGAGGUUCACCCGGGACUGGCUGCUGGGAAUCUUCUGUCCCUUUGUGUGGAGCCAGCUUGGGGUGAGCUGUAACUCGGAACAGCCUGAGGUGGAUGGGGACAUCCUGGCUGUGGGCUCCCAGGCUCUGGCCACUGAGGGUGUCUGCAGGGACGUCAUCCAGGGCCUCCUUCUGCAGAGAGUUGACAGAGAGUUGAACAAGAUCCUUGGUGCCAGCGACAGAACUCGCUCUCCAGCAGAGGACCAGGAAGGAGCAUGUGACAGUCAUCAUCUCCACAGAUGAGGGAGCUGAGACUCAGGUCUGAGACAGACCUACUCUGGUGGCCAAAUUCAGCCACUCCGCCCACCAUUGCUUCCAAGAACAUCCAGAGCUGUCUUCACCCACACCCAUCCU